AUGAUUAAUUUAAUCAGCAUUACUCUCUUAUUUUGGUUAGCAGUAACUCAAUAUAAAUUAAUUCUUCAAGGCCCAGCCUCAAAAAAGAUGAACUGCAAAUAACUCGAUAAAGGUGAUAAUGGAUUUAUAGGCUCAUAGUAUUUUUACGAAAAACUUUCCAAUUAUGGUUAAAAUACUAACUUGGAUAAAAUUACCUUUCGCUUGUGGUUUAUGGUCUAUUCAAAAAUGAGAUUACCAGGUAAACAAAUACUGUUCGCCUUUUUAGAUGGUUACGAUAUUGAUUCUUAUAUUAAUCUGAUGGUUUACUUUAAUCUUGAGUCAUCAAAUUAUUCAUUGUAUGUUUUAAAUGAAAAAGUCAAUCCAGAAGUGAUGAGCAUACUGGUGGAUUAAUAAAAGGAUUUUUUUAUAGGGUACUGGAAUUAUCUUUUGAUCUCAAUAGAUUAGACGAGUGGGGAUGCAUUUUUGAAUUUAAAACUUUUUAGCACUUACAAUUAUCAACUCCAAUAGGUUUUGGAUGCGUUGCCAUCAUAAAAGUUAAAUUUUAGAUUUGGUGUACAUUCUAGGAUAACAAAUGAAUAAUUAUUUCAAAAAAUAGAAGACUACAAAGCCUGUGUGUAUGUCGCUAAUUUUGAAUAUAUCAAUGGAUGGGCAACAAUGGACAAGGAAAUAUAUGUUUAGGAUUAAAUAGACUUGAAGUAUUCUCUGAAGCCAUACUAGAGUGAAGGAUUAAUUAUUGAUUCUUAAUUUAUCAAUGUAAAACUGAGAUAGCAAACUAAUAUUGAAUAUAGUGGGAUUAUAGGUUUAAACAUUUAUAAAGAUACUAGAAUUCUGUAUGACUUUUAGGAUAAAAUGGAUUCAUUUAGUAUUAUAUUUUGGAUGAAGCCUUAAUAAAUAGUGUCAAAUUUUAAGCUAAUUUCAUUUACUGAUGAAUUUAUAAAACUAAUAAGUCUAGGAUUUGGUGUUAAUUAAAACUAUGCUUUUAUGGUAUACUAAAACGAUAAUUAAAUAAACAUUGGGGAUUUGAGUCCCAAUUAAUGGAAACAUAUUACGAUAGGGAUAUUAGAAAUAUCGAGAAAUCAAUACUUUAAGGCAACCAAUUCUGUAAAGAUGAUGAAGAUCUACAUUGAUGAUUAGAUGGUAUAUUUGUAAUAAAUUUACAAUUUCAAAUGGUAUAAAAGUUUAUUAAUUGGCCCAUUAUUAUUGGAAAGUAGAGGUUAAGAGGUGAUUGAUAUUCAAGAUUUAAGGAUUUUUAAUGGAUAUGGCAUCUCUGAAUCCUCAGGAGACUGUAAACUAUUUGCAGGACUAUAUUGUGCAUUCUGCAAAUCAUAGACACAUUAUUGCAAAGAAUAAGAUCCAUUAGAUGAUAUUAACAUUUAUGAAUGUCCUGCAGGAUAUAAAUUAGAGAAUGGAUAUUGUAAACCAAUUCCAAUAGCAUUAUGUUUGAGAUAAAGUGGAGGCAAUUGUGUUGAAUGUGAUAAAAAUGCAAUUCUUUCUUAAGGAAUAUGUCAAAUAUAAACAUAGUUGAAUAGAGUAUCUAUUUAUCCAUGCUCAGGAAAAGAUGUAGUAUUAUGUUAGACAACUGACAUUGUAAAAAGUUAAAUACUCACAUCUGUAUAACGAGCACGAUUGUGUAGUUCUAACUUAUAUAAUACAAAAUAUGAAUGUGCUGGUAGUUAGGUUCUGUCAUGCAAAUAUUCUUAUUAUUCAGGACUAUGUUUUGAGUGUAAGGAUUCAUAUUACUUAACAGAAUUGAAGAUUUGUGUAUCAACAUGUUUUAAAAACAAAGCAGACAGAUUCAAUUACAUAAAUAAAUGUGUUAAGGAUUGUCCAUAUAAGUAUAUAUUCAAUCACCCUUGUCCAGUAGAUGGAGGAAAAGAACCUGAUUUAGUUUGUUCGCUAACUCCUGAUUGUCAAGCUGAUGAAAUAGACCUUGGAUACACUUGUCUAUCUGGUAGUUAAAAGGAAGUGGGUAAGUCUGUAGGUUGCAGACCCCUAUUAGCCUCUAAAUAUGCUCCAAAUUAGCCAUUGAUUUGCCAUCCUUCAUGCAAAUAUUGUUUUGGAACAACUUAUAGAUAAUGUUUAGGUUGUUAUGAAGGGAUGUAUUUUACUCCUUAUCUUGGGAUGUGCUUGUAAAAUUGUUCUGAAGAAAGAGACAAUCUAUUUAUCUACCAUAAUUCUAAGAUUUGGAAAUGUGAAUUAAAAUGUCCAUCAAAUUUAUUAACAUAGGGUGACAUAUGUGUACAAUCUUGUUAUGAUGGAUACUAAGCUCAAGAUGGAAUAUGUAAAAGUGUUAGCUCUGUCAGUGAAUACUUUUUAGAGAGUAAAAUAAUUGAGAUAGAAGGAGUCAGUACAACACUGUAUUCUUGGAAAUACUGUCCUUAAUUAUGCAAUUCUUGUUAAAAUAAUACCAUAUGCAAAACUUGCAUUAAUAAAUAUCCAUUUGAAAAUGAUGUAUGCAAAAUCAGUUGUUUCCCAAGAUUCGCUCUAAAAACAAAGUCUCUCUCCAGUUGUAAGGAUUAAUGCAACCCGGAUGAACUUACAUUUUGGAAUGAUGACUUGUUUGGUUACUAAAUAGCAGAAUGCUUUUAAAGGAAAUGUGGGGAAAUAGAAGCCGAUUAAAUAUACUAGUCUUUCCUCCAUUAGAAUGACAAUACAAGAUGUGUGUAUCCAUGUGACGAUGGAUAUUAUGGUAAUCUAUAAUCUCUUUUAUGUAAACCAUGUUUAGUCUCUUGUGCAACUUGUAUAGAUCAGUCUUAUAUUUGUACUUAAUGCUAACCUUUGUUAUUUUUAAAAGGAUCAACCUGUUUAACAACUUGUGGAUAAAGUUUCAAAAACUAUAUGAAUUGGCAUUGUGAAACAGAAUGUUCUUCAGGAUACACAAUUGCAGAUUCUACAAACAACUUAUAUGCUUGUGUUGAAUAGUGUGGAUAAUUAUAUGCUACUUAUUUAUAUGUAUGGAGAGGACAAUGUUAUGAAAAUAUUUCUGGUGUUUCUGCAUUCUGUAUCAACUACUAAUGUGAAGAUUGCCAUUCUUAAUGCAAAUAAUGUUAAGGUCCAAAUUCUAAUGAUUGUCUGGCUUGUUAUUAGAAUUCCUAUUUACUAAGUAAUGAAUGUGUACAAGAUUGUGGGAGUCUUAAGUAUGAUUAAAUAAACUGGAGAUGUGUGGAAGAAUGUCCCCUUGAAUCAAAGCAAUCUUCAGGUAUGUCAUUAAUCUUAAACCAUUAAAUAACCGUAUGUGGACUAACAUGUUUAUUUGAGACAUUCUAAUUUAGAGAUGAAUGUUAUACUCAAUAACCUAUAGAGACAUUUUGUUUGCAAAGAACUGAUUAUUAAUAUUGUGAACUCUGCUCAUCCCUUUGUACAAUAUGUAGUUCCUCUUCUUCAUCAAAUUGUUAAGAAUGUAUUCCUACUGCAUUUAAAUAUGGAACUAGUUGUUUUAUGGAAUGUCCAGAUGAAGCUCCCUUAAAAGAUGUAGUGAAUAAAUAGUGUGUUGCUUCAUGCUCAUCUGGAUUUUCUGAAGAUGGAUAUUGUGUUGAUUAUUGCUAGACCAUUUCAUACAGAUACUUAUAAAAAAAUGCUUGUUAUACAGUUGCAUGUCCCAUUGGUACAUUUAAUGAAGUAGGAUCCAAAAUUUGUUAAGAAUGUUAUACUGGCUGUGCUACUUGUUUUGGAAGUAGUUAGAGUGAAUGUUUGAGUUGUGUUGCUGGGUAUUUCAUAGAUCAAGAAACUUUAUGCAGUGACUCUUGUUUAAUAGAACCUAAUGUCAUUGAAGAUUUGAUCAAUCGAAGAUGUGUUUAAUUCUGUCCCAUAGAUUCAUUUUUAUAAUAAUUAACUAAUGGUCACUAUGGAUGUAAGGAAACAUGUCCAGAAUAUUACUAUUCUAAUAUUUGUGUUUCCUCUUGUCCAUCUUAGACCUAUCAAGAUGGUUUAGCCUGCAUUAGCUGUGCAUCUCCUUGUUCAGUUUGUUUUGGAAGAGAUGUAACACAAUGUAAUAAAUGCGAUAUAGGGUAUUAUUUAUAUGAGACAACCUGUUACUUAGAUUGUCCAGAUCAGAUUCCUUAUGGAAAUAUUUAAGAUUAAACAUGUGUAGCAUUAUGUUCAUCAUUUUUAUAUUUACCUAAGAAGCUUUGCUUUGAUUCUUGUCCUUCCUUUUUAUAGAGAUACGAAAUUGCGAAUAAAAAAUAAUGUGUUGACAACUGCCUUUCUAAAUCCUAUUUAUUAGAUCGAGAUUGUUAUCCUUGUGAUUCAAUUUGUAAAGAAUGUUAUGGACCUAAUAAUGGAAAUUGUUUAGAAUGUGAAUCUCCUUAUUUUCUCAAUGGCCAAACUUGUGAACUAACUUGCCCUUCCUUUUAUGAUCUAAUCGAUCAUUAAUGUAAAGCUGCUUGUCCUGUUAAUUUAGUAAUCUAAAAUGUAAAUUGUUAACUUCAAUGUGAUUCAGGUUAUUUUCAAUAUGGAUAGAAUUGUUUGAAGCAAUGUCCUAAAUUUACGUAUUUAGACAACGAUACUUGUCAAAAUUGUAAUUUAUAAUGUUUAACUUGUUUUGGACCAACCUUUUCAGAAUGCUAUUCUUGUAUAGAUGGAUUUUACUUAAAUGAUCACUCAUGCUAACAAACAUGUGAUAAUUAUUAUGACCAAGAUGAUAAAGCUUGUGUUGAUAAUUGUGGAUCUAAAUUUAUUAUAAGAGAUUACAAAUAAUGCGUUCUCCAAUGUUCUCUUGGUUAAUUUGUUUGUGAAUAAGAAUGUCUUACUAAAAUACAAGAUGGCUUUUACUUAGAUAACGGAAAAUGCUUUUUAUGCGAUCCAAAAUGCACUAAGUGUACAUCAUCUAAUUCUUGUUCUGAAUGUUCGAUUAAUUUUUACCUAGAACAGGAUUCUUGCGUAAAUUAUUGCUCCAACUAAUAUUUAUAUAUGGAUCCAAUUUCAAGAAGUUGUGUUACUAAAUGUCCAUUGGGGUUAUAUCAUUAGGAAUCCUAUAAUAGAAGAUUUUGCCUAUUUGAUUGUAUCGUUAAAUUAGAUGAUUAAUGUGUUCAAUCUUGUCCAACUGGUUUCUACAAUGAGAAUUCCUUUUGUAGAUAGUGUCCUUUUGAAUGCACUGAAUGUUAAUCAAUAACAUUUUGUUCAAAGUGUAAGGCAGGCUUAUUUUUAGAAGACAAUUGGUGUUAUCCAAUAUGUAAUCUCAAAAAAACUGAUAGAAAGAAUUUAAUUUGUGUUGAAGCUUGCAAUCCAGAUUUAUUUGAAUUUGAAAAUCAGUGUGUUGAAAACUGUCCAUCAGAUCCAAUUUAAUUUCAUUAUAAGUCUAAAUGCAUUUAAAGUUGUCCUGCUUCGACAUUUUAAUAAGAUCAACAAUGUAUUGAUUGUCACAUAUAAUGCUCAGCUUGUUUUGGUCCAAAUAAUGAUGAAUGUUAUUCAUGUACUUAAGGUUAUUAUUUAGAUAAUAAUCAAAUAUGUACAUAGACAUGUCCUUACCUUUAUGAUUCUCUAAACCAGAAGUGUGUGUUUUAGUGUAAAAGUGAUUAAUACUUAGAACAAAAUUAAUGUGUUUAAAAGUGUAAUCAUUUCUUAUAUGAUAAACAGUGUGUGGAUAUUUGUCCAUCUCAAACUUAUUAAUAAAAUACUGAGUGUUUCAAUUGCUCCAAUAAUUGUUUGGAGUGUAAUUCUUUUGGUUGUAUUAAAUGUAAAGUUGGAUCUUAUCUAAAUGAUGGCAUUUGUGAUUCACUUUGUUUAAUUAUGUACAACGAUAUCAAACAUGAAUGUGUAGAAUUAUGCACAAAUUAAGAAUAUUAAUAUCUAGAUCAUUGCUACUCACAAUGUCCUAAUGAUACUUACGAAUAUUAGUAAAAUUGUCUAUUAGAUUGUCCAAUAAAAACUGUGUAAUAUAAUAAUUUUUGUUUUGAUUGUCCUGAGAGAUGCGAUGUGUGCUUGAGUGAAUCUGAAUGUCUAAAAUGUAGCAAUCUUUAUUACCUAUUUAAUGGUGAGUGUGUCCUUCAUUGUCCAUUAUCAUUACCAUAUGAAGAUACUGUCAAUCGGAUUUGUUUGUCUGAGUGUCCUCCUAACACAUAUAUUAUGAAUCACACUUGUCUAGCUACUUGCAAUUUGAUUACACAUUAAAACAUGUGUUUAGAAUAAUGCCCUAAGGGUUAUUAUGGAAAUGCCAUUUGUUAGCAUUGUAAACUCGAAUGUCUGGCUUGUAAUGAAUUGAACUACUGUACAGAAUGUGAUACCAAUUAUUUUCUAGAAGAUAACCAAUGUGAUUAACAAUGUACAUCUAUCAAAGACUUGAAAACUAAAAAGUGUGUUGAAUCUUGUGAGACAUUCCUAUUCUAAAAUAUAUGCUAUUAAAAUUGUCCUAUUAAUACAUAUUAAUUUGAAUCUAUUUGCGCUAUAUAAUGUCCUAAUGGCUAUUAUGGUUCAAACAAUUUCAUAUGUGAAUAAUGCCCUUAUUAAUGUUUGAGUUGUUCAAAUCAAAUUGUUUGUUACUCAUGUAAAAUGGGAUAUUAUCUAUUCUAAAAUUAAUGUUUGGAAUCUUGUCCAGAUUAAUCCUAUUCUAAUCCUAUUGAGAACAAAUGUUCUAAUGAAUGUCCUUCAACCACAUAUACCUACUAAAAUUAAUGUUUAUUUUAGUGUCCUAGUGACUAUUUACAUGAUCUUGACAAUUAUACGUGUGUUUUACAAUGUGAUCAUUAAUAAUAUUAAGAUAAAAAUGGAUGUUUGCCAUGUUCAAUAGAAUGCAAUGGAUGUUAUACAUAUGGGAACAAUAAUUGUAUUAAUUGUGCAGCGUUAUUCAACUUAAAUGAAAAUGGAUAUUGUUUAGGAGAAUGUCCUAACGGUUAUUAUAAAAAUUAGUAAAAAUGCGAAAAAUGUCUACAUAAAUGUUUAAGUUGUAUAAAUUCAACUUAAUGUGUUAAAUGCAGAGGAGGUAAUAGAAACUCUAUUGAUUGUUCUUGUUUGAAAGGUUAUUAUGAUGAUGAAUUAUAUGAAGAUUGCCAGAAAUGCCCAUGUGAUGAAUGCAUAUCAUAGGAUAAUUGCUAGAUUUGCAGAAAUAAUCUUUAGAUUCCAAAAUGCAAUUGUGAUAGAAAACUAAACGAUGAAUGGUGUAUAUCAUGUGAAGUCGCAAAGGUUAAAAUAUAUUACUCAGAUGAUCUUAAUGAAAUAGUUGUAUAUUUUGGCUAUUUAGUAUCAGUCAAUUUAAUUAAUCCAUUUUAACCUUCAGAUUGUUCUUUAUGGUUUGAUAAUUCAAAUGUCUUUGGAUAGAAUUCUACUUGCUACUUAGCUUGGAAUAGAAAUUCAGUACAUAUAUAAUUAUCUCCAUAUUCAACAAUUAAGAUAGGAGACUCAUUGGAAUUUAAAUAGUCUUUUUAUAGAGAUGUAGAUUAAGGAAUUUGUGCUUAAGAGUAUAUAAAAUAAUUCAUAGAAAAUAAAUUGCUAGCACCUAAUCGAUUCAUUAAACCAUAUAUUUUAUUUGAUGUCCCGUAAUAUGUUAGUAGUUGCAAAUAAAUUGAAAUCAGAUAAAUUUUGAUAUCAGGAACAGCCUUUAAAAUAUAAACAGUAAUCUCUUGGUAGUUACAUCCAAUAGAAAAUGAGGAUUACUAUUUAUCAAUGGACUCAUUUUUGGCCACCUAAAAGAAUGAGAUUAUUAUACCCAUUAACACCUUAUAACCCAAUUUAAGAUAUCUAAUUACAGCAAAAUACAUCAAUAUAUUUUAAAGAGUUAAUUACACUACAUUUUCUUUCAAUACCAUUCCCACUCAAACACCUUAUGUCUAUCUUACUUACUAACCUUUGACUGCCAACAUUUACAUCUUUGAUUGUCACAUUACUUUUUCAGACAUAGAAGGCGACUAAAAUGUAUAAAUUGACAUAACAGAUUCAUCAGUGUAAGAUCAAAUAUACAUUUCUUUGAAAUAGCCAAUAAAUUCUAUCCGUAAAAUUCCUUUAGAUGAAACAUUUUUACCUAAGUAAGUACAUUUACUCUUUAUUGCCAAAACUCAAAGCUACAUCAUACAAGAAGUUCUAAUUUUAAAAUCUAAACCAAUAGAAGUAUCUUUGCUACAGAAAAACAGGUUUAUUGGUUAAGAUGACCAAAUUAAUGCAAGAGCCUUUGAUAAAAACAUUUAGGAUGAAAUUAUGAGUACCAAAGGCAUAUAAUAUUAAUGGUUAUGCACUAAUUUACAUGAUCUUUAACCAUGCAAAAGCGAAGAAAAUAAAAUACUUGAGUUUGCAUCAAGAAGAAUCAUUAAUAUUUAGACUGAAACUCAAAAUUCAACACUUGUUUUUUAUGUUAGAGCCUCUAAAGAUAACAGAUGGACUAUUAAAGAAUAGUUAAUUGUGUAAUUAGAUUUAAAUAUAGAAGAAGAGUUCGUAAUAAAUAGUAAUUAACCAACAGAUUAUGUAAAUUUGAACAGUGAAAUUACUAUUUUACUAAAGCAAUCUCAAACAUACGCUUUUAUAAUUUAAAAUCACAAAGUCCUUAAAUAAAUUAAGAUAACUGAUGCUUCUUUGAAAUUUAGAAUGGCUGAAAUUACAGAGGAUUCUAAGCAUCCAAUUUACAUCUAUUUAGUUCCUGGAAGUGACUCCUUUGGAUUUAAAAUAAAUGAAAUACCUAAUACUUUUAAAUUCUCUAUUGAACCUAAAGUUGGAUAGUCUUUAGAUUAUUUCAAUUAUACUAUUGAUAUUAUAAAUAGUGAUUAAAUAGCUAGUGUCUAUUAUUAUGUGGAGUACUAAACUUUUUAAAAUGAUUUGAAUGCUAAAUCUCUUUUAAAUGGCAUUCCUUUGAUUUUUAACUCCUAAAACACUUCAGGUUAAUUUUAGAUUCCAAACGGAAUUUCUGAUAAUCCAAUUUGGAUUGUAUGCCAAAUUGAAUCUAAUUAAGGCGCACAAAUAUUUCAAUGGACAGAAGUUACAGUUUAAAGGAGAACCUAUGAAAUGGAUUCGCUAUUUUAAGAUCUUGGUAAUUUAGUCAAUUUUUCAAAUUUACAGAGUAUACACACUAUGAUAUCUUUAAUUAACGAAGAAGAUAAGUAAGUUUGUUUAAAGCAAUGCUCAGGUGUUGGCACUUGUGUGGAUUAAAAAUGCCUUUGUCCACCAGGUUACUAUUUUAAGGAUUGUAGUGGUAAUAAAACCUAAUUUGAGAAUUUUAAUCAUCUGAUUUUCAAAAGCAUUUAAGCAUUGGUUGUAAAAGAUGCAGUCCUUUACUUUUAAUAAUACACAGACAUAAUCUCAAAAACCAGCAUCGACAAAUGUCUAAAGGUCUUAAUGAAUUAUAUCAUCAAUCUAAAUAGCAGAAUGGAACAGAUAAAUUAAUAUUCAAUCAACAUUUAGUACUAAUAAACUAAUCAAUUUUCUUAUUCUUAAAUAGAUACUAGAUAAAUUUUAAGUAAAUUGGAUAUGAGGAAUGCAAUUUUGAGUACUGAAUUUAUUUGGAAUAUAGCUUUGUCUAUUUCUAAUUCAAGUAACUAUCAAAUAAUGCAUCAUUUAAAUGAUUUUUUCCUUCACAUCAUUGAUUUAUCUUUUCUUGCAUUAUUACCCAAUGAAAAGUUUGAAAUAUCUAUGAGUACUUUAAACCUAGUCAUUUAGAGAUCCGUUAAUAUAUAAAAUUUAAGUUCUCAUAGAUUUCUCCAAUAAGAUGUUAGCCUAGAUUACUAUGAUAUUGUACAAGCAGUCUAUAUUAGUAAUUUUUAUUCAUAUGACGGCUAUUACCCAUAUCCCAACUAAAUGUACCCACUCUAUGAUUAUAUGAUAAGAUAGUAAAAUAGAUAUUAAAACAUUGAGAUUUCUACGCCUAUUACAUACAAAUUUGAAAUUCGAAAUGAUACUACAAACUUGGUUUGUAUAAGUCGAAACCCUAAAACUUAUGAAUGGACCAAAGAUAAUUGUUAUUUAUCCAUAAUCAAUAGUUCAUAUUUUUGUAUUUGUAGUAAAAUUGAACCAGUUACAAUUUGCAAUGACUAUCAAUAUCUCUAUUAGGGUAGUAUUCCUUAAUAUCUAAAAUUGCCAAAUUUUAUUUUUAUCUUUUAUUUUUUUUAAUUGAGUUUACUGGCUUUGGUUAUUUACAAAUCACAAUAUGGAGAAAUCUAGUAACUAACAAAAUCUAAUAAGUUUGGAAUAGUUAUAAAGUUAAGAAAAUUUUAAAGCAUAAGAAUGAUGUUUAACAACUAACAACCAUCUCCAAUUGAUCAAAAUAGAAUCUAUCCUGAAAAUGAUUUUGUAAAAGAAACAGAACAAAAUAUCCAUGAAAAGGAGAAAAACAAAUUUAGUGUCAAUUAUUUUUGGGUACUUAAAUUUUAUUUAAAUAGAAUUACCAUUUUCUUACUGGUAUAAUAUUUAAGAGUAAGUUUUAUUUUAGUCGUUUUCAGAAUGUACAAUUUAUAAUUCUUAAAUGGAAUAUCUAAUUUAUAGUAGGCGAGAUUCUCUCAAUUUUUCACAUCUCAUAUGAUAUUUAAAUUUACAUUUUGUUAGCAACCAUAAUUAUAAGUAGAAUAAACUAAGAGUUCUGGAAGGUAAGAUAUAAAAUUCAAUUUUUAGAAACAAUUCAAAUAUUUUGAAUAUAUGAAAUCCAUUUUGACCUUAAAUUUAGUAAAAAUGAUAUUGUUCGUUUUUGCAAUCAGUACUUUUAUCAUAGGCUUGUAUUUAUACUUUUGGAUAAGCGAUCAAACUGAAUUAAUACUCUCUUACACAAUAUCUAACCUGAUUGACUUUUUGUUUUUAGAUGUCAUAAUAUUUUUCACCAAUAAGUACUUAGGAGAGACAAAGAAAAAAUUGAUUAAGAAAAAAAUAUAAGAAUUUAAGUAGGCCAUGUCAAGUAUUAAAUGA